UGAAGGUUGGUUUAUGCCAUUUAUGUAUGAAAAAUAACAUCAGUCAUGUGACCAUCGCGGCUUGGUUUACAGGCCAACAUCCGAACAUCAAAAUUUUCAAUGACUUUUCCCAGAAUAAUCGUGUCUAUGACCACAAUUUCAGUCCGAAUAUUGCGCUUUAGGUCUUGAAUUGUUCGGGGACCAUUCGCAUAUACUUUUCCUUUAAAAAAUCCCCAAACAAAAUAGUCAAGAGGUGUUAAUUUGCACGAUGUCUGGGGCCAACUGACAUCUGAGUUUCGUGAAAUUAUGCAGUCUUGAAAUUUCAUGUGCAAUAAGGCGAUUGUUUGGCGAGAUGUGUGAGCCGUUGCUCCGUCUUGAUUUAAACCCGUAGCCACAGACGCGGAGUCAAUUUGACUAUGUAUGUGGAGAUUUUCCGUUUUCUCCUCAGUCUAUCUGUCCAGGCGUAGAGUAGUUGCGUUGAUUGUGUACGUUAUUUACAUUUCAUUACGACUUGAAUUUCCGACGGAGUCAAAAGGACUACAGUGA